CCAUCCCUAAAGGAAAAAAAAAGAAAUAUCGGAGAGAAGAGCGACGCCAGAAAAGUCAGUAAAAGAAGGAAAGCGAAAGACAUUGAAAGAUACAUUUGGUUAUAAGAACAAAUAGGUACAAGCUCACUGAUAAGCACACAGUGAUCAAACUUCACUGGACAGGAGGACGCAUUCCUGGGCAAAAGGCAGGUCUUCUGCUUAAAAUUAACAGAUCACUGUUUCGUUCCUCAAUUGCUACCAUGCCUCUCCAAAAAUCAUCUUCUCGAACCCCUCGUCUGGAUCCCACCAUGAUCUCUGCCCCCCUGGGUGAUUUCCGUCACACCAUGCACAUUGGUCGUGGUGGAGACGCUUUUGGUGACACCUCUUUCCUGUCCAGCCAUGGCCCCUCUAGUCCUAAUCCCAAGUCUGUGCAACCAGACGUGGCAGCCACUGUAGAGACCACAGACAAUCAGAUGAACCAUAACAAUGAAUUUGAAUACGCAGAAGAUACCGGUCCGAAUGAGCUCCGGCAUUCCGAUUCAGUUUCUUCCUUUGACCUCGACUUGGAUUUAGGGCCUUCGAUUUUAGGAGAUGUCCUGGGAGUGAUGGACGGUCUGACGAUGGGUUUUCACGAAGACAAUGAAGAGGUGUUUAGUUCCAGCAAGAGCACAAGAGAUGUGAUGAUGUCACCAAGGAGUGCUGCCAAUGAGUUGAGCGAGAGGAUGAGAAUGGAAAGUAUGACCAAAGAGGUGAGCCAACAAGAUGAGCAACUCAACGAGGUCAAUGGCGUGAAAUCAAAAGGGCUCAGGCCCAAAGUGCGAUUCAGCGACAAACGUGAUGAGAUCAUCGGGCGACAGGAGAUAAUCGAAGGGCUAGAUGUGGAAGUUGAAGAAGAAAUGGGCUUGAGACCAAAUAAGGAGAUGCAAGAGAUUAGUGGGAGAACGGCUUACGACAAAGACCCAAGACAAGCAGAGGUGGUUAAUCGGAGGGAGGACAACUCUCCAAGCCUCUCUUCCUCAGUGAGCUCAGAAUAUGAGGGAGUCUCACCAUUGGACCGGAGGAGAGAAGACCAGCAUCUUUCAGAAACAGAUUCAGAGGAGGAGGGUGCCAACGGACAACAAGGAUACACUUUUGAGGACGAAUUCGAUGAUGAGAUUGGCCUAUAAGAGGACAUAUUGAGCGAUUUGAGGACCAAAAAUAAGUCACUGGCAUAUGGAUCAUGACAUGAACAGAAUUAUUCUUAAAAAGGAAAAAACAUCCAUACAGGGAGAGGUAAUGAAAAUUUCAUCUUGAGGUAAUAACUGGACAAUUUGGAACUUUCUUUUCCAAGUUUACAAUGGUGUUUGCUCAUUUUUGGAACUAUUUUAUGAAAGUAAGACAAUGUUACGGUUUUGUUUUUUAUUGGAUUUUAUAACUACAAAUUUUGAAAGUCUCCCAUGGACAGUGUGAUGUCUUACAAAGAAUAACCUAUGAACAGACAUAUUCAUACAUUUCCCACGGUCUCAUCUAUAUAAUGUUGAGCAGUAAAAUAAAUGUUCAGUUUUUCCAAUUCAUAACACCGUUAAAGGGCACUUUGCCUUCUUCAGUUAACUGGAAACAGCUUUAAUCUUGAUGGAGAGUGAAUACCUAAAGUUCAUACAGAAUGGAACAAAAAGGUGAUGUUUAGAUUAUGGUUAUCUACAGUGCCUUACAUGAAGAUGUUUUCCAAUGUUUCCAAUGUUAGUUUCACUGAAAAGCCAAUGAUGAAGCUUUUCUUUUUGUGGGAAGAUGCAAGGUUGCUGAAUGCAUUCACAAAUGCUGGAAUUUUCUCCUGGGAGUUUUCAUUACAUAUACAUUCAUAUCUUAAAAUGGAAGAAGCAAUCAGAUUGUGUAUUGUUGUUGGAGAUGUACUCAUUUAAAAAGUGCAACAAUGAAAUGCACUUAAUAGUUACACACUACAAAAUAGUCUUAAAGCUAAACAGCCGCAAACUGUAUAGCUUUUAAACUGUGAAUGAAAAUAAUCUAGUCGAUCAUUUGACUGUAGCACUCGACUAGAUUCAUAAAGAGAAGCAUGAAAAGCUUCAAUAGGCUGGAUUCGUUUUAAAAGCAGUUGCUUUUAUCUUGCUUUCCCAGUUGUUUGAUUUGAAUACUAAAGAAUAUAUAACAGACAAUCAGUGAGUUUACACUUAAAUCACUCUGCCAAUUGAAAUAAUGUAGAUUGGGCUAGACCAAAAUGUGUAAUUAAAAGUUUUAUUAAA